GCCUCACUGCCGCCAAGUCUGUCCGAAAAUAGCAGUUCAGACUACAAGUCCCACAAGCCUCAGCUAGUAACGCUUCCAGGGUUAUAGCAAGCUACUCAGUGUUGUAUUGGUCUCUAGUAAAUAUGCCAUGGACUUAGCUUUGGUGUUUAUCUUCUCAACCAUUUCCUCAUGACGUUCGUAUUAAAGCAACCGUAACUUAAUAUAUGGAGACACGCUCCAGACCAUCGCUCUUCAGCGACAUUGCACACGGAUUGGGAUUUUGGACAGAUCGCUCAGCCGUGCACGAAGCAGCAGCGCGGGGUCAAGUGAUGCAGCUGCAGAAGCUGAUUCAUAAUGGUGCAUCUGUAAAUAUUGUGGCAAUGGACUCCAUCACCCCUCUACAUGAGGCCUGCAUCCAAGGCCACAGUCAGUGUGUCCGUCUGCUACUGGAUGCUGGAGCACACGUUGAUGCAAGGAACAUUGAUGGCAGCACUCCCCUGUGUGAUGCGUGCGCUGCUGGGAGUCUGGAGUGUAUAAAACUGCUGCUGGAGCACGGAGCAAUGGUCAACCCCCCUCGUUUUACUUUCUCUCCGCUGCAUGAAGCCUGCAUGGGAGGUCAUUCUGAAUGUGUACAGCUCAUGAUAUCAGAGGGGGCAUCUAUGGAAGCGCAUGACGGUCAUUAUGGGACCCCUCUACAUGUGGCCUGUGCCAGGCAGCACAAAGACUGCGCAAGAGUACUGCUGAAUGCAGGUGCAAAUGUGAAUGCUGCUAAGCUACAUGGGACUGCACUUCAUCAUGCUGCAAAAGUGGAGAAUGUUCAGCUUAUAGAACUGUUGGUGGAGUUUGGAGGAAAUGUGUUGGCCAAAGACAGUCUUGGGAAAAAACCCGUCCAUUACUCUACUCCAGGGUCAUCGUCUGCGCUCUCCCUCGAUUUCUAUGAAAGUACUCCUUUAAGCCUCCAGCAGCUGUCCCGGCUAGCCCUGAGAGUGAUGCUGGGCAGAAAAGCACUACAGGUGGUGGCUCAAUUAGACCUGCCAAACCGCAUCAUAAGCUACCUCUGCUAUACACAGCAACCUACAACAGACACUUGCUCCAGAUGACACACACCGUUCUUCAUCCAUGAAUGUCUCCUGACAGUGUUCAGAGUGGUCAGACGUACGCAGGCCUUGGCCACUGGUCAGUGUGUCAUGGCUGUGGCGUACAUCAGGUCUACUGUGAUUCUUUUGCGACGGGAUAUAAAGAGAAUGAAAGUUACUUGCGCCAUUGGCAAAAGCACAUUUUUAAAACUAUAAAUGAGGUUAGUCAGCUGUUCGUCCAUUCCUGUUAUGUCAAUCAAAUUAAUCUGUUUCUUGUAUUUUACCUCUGGAUGUCUGGAAGCCCAAUGUGUGUUGCAGUAUCUUCAGAUCUUAUCUUUGGACAGUUCUGUGAUUUUUAUUUGUAUGUUACCAAGUGAACAUUCCCUCGAAAACACUAGUAGACUAACAGACAGGCUAAUAGAAAUCUUUAAACUGCUGACUAGGCCUUAAUGAUGACUGUUAGUAUUACUAGGUAUGUUGAAGACAUGCACAGCCUAGUAGUCUUUGGGUGAAAAUACAAAAGCUUGCUUUCUUUAUCUAAAGCUUUAUCAGCUGUUCAGAGAAAUGGAUUUUGUGAUUGGUCACAACAUAUAGAUUGUUAGGAUCUGAUCUACAGGUCUACAGUCACAUUAUAUAGUGGACUUAUACAAUUAUAGAAAGAUCAUUUAUUGUAUUUUUCUCCUCUAAGAGGCUGGAUUAUGUUUUGCAAAUUCUCAAAGAUUUUCUAACAUUCAUGGACAAUCUGUUGUACAGUUGCAUCAUUAGCUUUAAUAAUGGGGAAAUAACAGCUCCUUUUCACCUACUUAACAGUGAUCCCACAGCCAUGUAAAAGCUGUUAACAAUCAAAAUUGUGUGAAAACACAAAAUGGUAACAAAUGGUCCUCCCAGCUUUUAGACUCUGAUAGUGCUCCUUGGAUUGCAUUCAAUCCCACGGAAAGACUAAAUGGAGCAGUAACUUUCCGCAACCCAAAGCUAUUGAUGCAGUUGCAUAAGAGAAUGACCAAAUGAUGGGAAAUAGCUAUUUUUUUAUCAAGGCGUAAAACUUGCACCAUUUGAUGGUACAAUAGGUUUACAAAGAUGAAGUACAUGUGUUAUUCCAUGAAUACAGAUCAUAUUACUUAGAUUUGUUCAUUUUAUAUGUAGUCUGCAUAGCAUUUGGAUAUUCUUUAUAGAACAAUACUGUGAACCUGGGUUUAACAUGCAGUAAUUCACUAAAUUUGAUAUCUUGAAUUUACACAUAGGAUGUGCAUAGAUAAGAAAAAGUAACCUUUCACUGUAUCAGCUAUCGGUUCUGUCUUAUUCAUCAUAGAAUCCUACCCUAGCGUUCUUUAAACAAAUGUACAGCUGAAGCACACUGUAGAUGCAACUCUGCUUGUCUGAAAUACAACUUUGGUGGCAACUCCUCUUAUUUGUAAACAUCAGUAUUAAUACUAGUUUUUGAGGUUUCACCAAGUCAGUUGUGCGACACAACGGUUUUGGAAGUGCUGAUCUGAAAGAUAUCAGUUGUGAAAGUGUAGUUUUCUACUGUCCAUUAUUUAUGCAGCACUGUUUGCUGGACUUAAGUAAGCUUAAUGUCAUUAAAUAUAACUGGCACAAAAGAAGAAAAUCCAAAUGUUUGACAUUGGUUCCAUCAUGCUUAGAAAUGCUAGAUUCAGUUUUUUGGGGGCUUGGCAGCUCAGUGUGGUGACAUUUUCCAUGUGGUCAUUCCUAUGCCAGUCUUCUAGUCCUCAUUCUAUCUUAUGAAGAGAGUAUGUCACUAUUUCUGUUUUGCAUAUGUAAUAUACACUCAGAUUGUUGCCACUUUAUUAGGUACACCUAGCGAAAAUGAAAGCAGUCUAAUACAACAGUUCUGCAAUAAAUCUCCAUUCAUGAUUGUUGUAAUAUUCAGUUUAUUUUGGAAACAUUUUAAGAGAGGUGACGAUUCAACUGUAUGAUCAUUUUGGAGGAUGUUGUGUGUGAUGCUGUUAAACUGUAUUGAAUUAAACGCGAAGGUGUUUCUGUUAUUUCGCUUAGCCUCACUGAUGAGGUGGUCAAAAUAAUAGAAACACGUCUCAGUACAACAAUCAAUACACUUCAAUAGCAGCACAAACUGCAGCCUCCGAAAUGAACACAUAGUUGAAUCAACAGCUCUCUAAAUGAGUUUAAAGAAAUACUGAAUAUUAUAACCUUCAUGAAGAUCAGAUUUAUUGCAGGAAUGAUUUAUUAGACUGCAUUAGUUUCAGCUCACUGUUCCCGAUAAACUGGCAACUGAGUGUAUUUGACUGUUUUAAAUAAAAACAAUUCAUCAGCACCAUUCAAAAUAA